AUGUCUGAUACAAAUGCUUACAAUCUCACGCAUGGUCGAGAGAUCAUUAUCCCAGUUACAUGCUCUUGCUCUGAUCCUUUCUCUCAAGCCAUCUUUGUUUACAAUGCUUGUCACUCGGAAUCCUUGUUCAGUGUGGCUUGUGGAGUUUUUGAAGGACUAGUGAAGGCGCAAAUUCUCAAAAAUGCGAAUCCACAUUUCAAUGGGGACAAACUAAAUGGUUCGCUGAUUGAAGUGCCUGUUCGUUGUGCUUGUCCUGAAGUAUCUGAUAAAAGUAAUGGCACAAAUUAUCUAGUGACAUAUCCGAUAGUAGAGCUUGACAACACAGAGUUGAUUGCUCGUAAAUUUGGAGUGUCCGAAGGCAAGAUCAGGGAUGCUAAUAGCUUAGAACCAUUUGCAUCUAUAAUCCCUCAGACCACACUACUCAUUCCUUUAAAGACUGCACCAGUCUUGAAUCUUGAUGUGGCCACUCCCUAUGAAGAUGCAUUCAGUCCUAGAACAGCAAUUUCCUUGAGGAAAAUUGUACCGGGAGCAAAUUACAAGAAUCUAUAUGUAAUACUUGGAGGGGGAGUAUUUGCAGCCACUGUUAUUCUGAUUCUAGCUUGUGGAGGUCUUGUAUUCAUCCGAAGAAGAUAUCAUCAAUGGAGUUUUCAGCCCUUGUCUGCUAGAAGUUCACAGCUGACAGAUUUCCCACAUGAUUUUCUUGAUGGCAUGUCCAAGUUAAAGCACUCAUUGAUCAACUUUACCUUAGAGGAGCUAAUGAUUGCAACUAAUGACUUUUGUGAGGCUUCUGUAAUUGGUAAGGCAGUUUAUCGGGGUAAAAUUGGCGAUUCUGAUCUGGCAAUUGAGCAGAUGAAUUCAAUGGAAGCAGCUCACCAUGUCAUUGACAUACUGACAAUGAUCAAUCACCUAAAUGUGGUGAAACUUGUUGGUUUCUGUUCGGAAACUAGACCUUGUCUUGUUUAUGAAUUUGCUGAGAAUGGUAGCCUAAGGGACUGCCUGUCUAAUUCCAAGAAGGCGAUGCAACUUACAUGGGCAAGAAGGAUCCAGAUUGCUUUUGAUCUUUUAGAGGGGCUUCACUACAUACAUUACAGCACAAAGCCAGCCUAUGUCCAUAGGAACAUAAACAGCAGAAAUGUGCUCGUAACCAUUGAUUGGAGGGCAAAGAUUUCUGGUUUUCGAUUGGCAAAACCAAUAAUUUGCAGUGAAGAAAAGUGUGAGACUUCCUGGAAUGAAUCUGUGAUAGUGGGGAGGAAGGAUUAUUUGGCACCUGAGUACCUCACCUAUGGGCAGGCUUCUGUGAAGGUGGAUAUAUAUGCAUUUGGCAUUGUUUUGAUCGAGUUAUUAUCAGCUAAAGAGGCUAUCACAGAUGGGAAAUUUUCGAAGGAUUCAAUCAGUUUUUUAGCUGAUGAAGUGCUUGAAGAAUCUUCAGGGUGCUUGCAGAGGUUGAAGAGAUUCAUGGAUCCAAAUUUAGAAGGGGAUUACCCUUUGGGUGAUGCUAUGUGUUUGGCAAUCCUAGCCAAGGCCUGUGUGGAGGAGGACCCCCUUCACAGGCCCACCAUGAACGACGUUUUGAGGGCUCUUUCAAGAAUUCUUUGA